AUGAGAGAGAAGGAUCACUCACCAAGAAAAAUGCUGCCCAGCCCUAAGCAAGGGUGCGUCUAUCCAUUAUUAGGCCUAGUGCCCACCACUACCUAUGCAUCACAAGUACCUUAUGACCUGUCGGUGACGGCGGCGCGGACCUCAUCUGCAGCAGCGUGCACGUCACCACUAUCACUCACAAUAUCCGCCUUAAGUCAAAGCCACAAAGAAGCAAAAACUCGGAAACGCUGCAGCAGUUACGACCAACCGCUCGACUUACGGCUAGCACACAAAAAGCACGACGGCUGCAGCGCAAGCGGUGCCUCCUCUCCACUAGAAGAUGAGAAUAGCAAUCUGAUAUAUAGUGGCACAAACUACAACAGUCGUUCCAAUUACCACAGCACACCCAAAAGCGAUGCGUCCCCUAGUAGUCAUAAUAGCCCUAGUGGGCACACGCCGUCCCAAAACGCACGCACAUUCAAUUUCCGCGUACAACGCGAUUCGUCGCCGGCGGAUAUCAACUGCGAAAAGGAGCUUAAUAACAACAAUCUGCCAUCUUUGUGUCACAAUACGAUAGCUGCUAAUCUAGAAAGCCUAAGCAGCAAACAAAAGCAACGCUUGCGCACACAAAAGUCGGAUUUGGGCGUGGCCUGCUUGCGCCUCACUGAAUCAUUGCACUUGAAUGCCGCCGCCGCAGCAGUAUCAGCAGAUCGACUGCCAUUUGUCUCAUCCGCCUUACAUCCAACAUUGCUGGAAGCGAUGGCGAAGGCCAUUCCAAUGCCUUACCGUAACCCGUUCGUGCUGCCUCGUCCUCCAACAGCGAGUUCCUUCCCCUUUCUGCAGCCGUCGUUGCAAAAGGAUAUGCUGCCCAAUUCGUUACAGCUACAACAAUCCGCGUCCAACGAUGCGCAACUCGAAUUCCACUAUGACGGCGGAGGCGGUCGUAGCAGUUUAGCUGAUGCGUUAACUCACCCGCUAAUGGGCGCCAACGUUAGCAAAGUGGCGCUGAAUUCCGGCGGUGGCAGCAGUGGUGGGGGAGAAGGUACACCAAAACACUUGCAACAACACGCCAACCAGCAGCAGUUAAAUCGUCAUGCGCGUCAGCAGCAACUUACUGCUGGAGGUAUAGGAAGUCGUACAGCGCUUGUUUCGGAUGGUGUUCAUCAUAACCCUAAGAAAUCGUCGUCUACGUCACGAGCCGGUUUGACGGCAAACACAAUGAAUAAUGCCACAGCGGCGCAGUACAAAAGCAAAGAUCGCUACACUUGCAAGUUCUGCGGCAAGGUUUUUCCGCGAUCCGCCAAUCUAACUCGCCACCUACGAACGCACACCGGCGAGCAGCCGUACAAGUGCAAAUACUGUGAACGUUCCUUCAGCAUAUCCUCGAACCUGCAGCGUCACGUACGCAACAUACACAACAAAGAGCGGCCUUUCAAGUGUGAGAUUUGCGAGCGUUGCUUUGGUCAGCAGACGAACCUGGAUCGUCAUCUGAAGAAACAUGAAAGUGACGCUGUGUCGCUUGGUUUGGGCAUGAACGAGCGCAUACGCGGUCUACGGCGUGGUGGCUACUGCGAUAAUCCUACAGAAGAGUCCUACUUUGAAGAGAUACGUUCCUUUAUGGGUAAAGUGACACAACUGCCACUUGGCGGUGCAGCUGAAACUGUCGGGCUCACAUCGUCUCAAGCCACAGCGUCUGGCAGUCAUAAAGCCGCAUCGAAGUCGCCAUCUACACGCAGCUCUACGUCGAGCAUUUCAGAUCGCGAGUCCUCAACCAGUGGAGGUUUGCAAAUUGUGCAAAACGAAUUAAGUUUAGAUCAGGAUGGAGAUGCGGAGGUGAAAACGGAAGUUGACACCAAUACCGAGAUGGCACUUGUAAGGGAUGCCGAAGAAGCUGAGAUAAGCAGAGAAGUUAACGCUGAUGCGGAUGUAGAUGCAAUACUCAAAACAAAGUGUCUGGACGUUGAGAUGGCAGCCACUGAGUCAGUUACAACAAUCACAACAAAAUCUACAAAAAAAAGCAUUUAUCAGAGCACUAGGCAGUCAAGCGAAAAUAGUACAUAUUUUUCGCAGCAGGAGUUGUGCAUUAAGCGUGAAAGCAGUAGCAGCAGCGGCAGCCCACUGUGCGCUACUUGA